AUGGAGGAUUUCAUUGAAGAAUGCUUCAAAGUUUCGAAAUUUGAUCUGGAUUACGAGUAUAAUUUUGCCCGAUUCUUCAAUUUUACUCGGCGAGAGACGAAUUCUGAGACAGAUGAAGUUGAGCGCUGGUUCGAAUUCGCCGAAAAUUAUCCGCAUUCGCAUAA